CUCCAUUUUGUUGGUCCUUAAAAAUUAUUUUUAAAGGCUAAAAUAAGUCUUUAGCAGAAAGAUCGCAGCUUCAGCAUGCCGUCUAUUGACGUGCAACGACCGCCGGUGGAAGAGGCACCACCAGAAGAAACAUUUACUAAACCUGUUAUUGGGAUUAUUUAUCCACCACCUGAAGUAAGGAAUAUUGUUGACAAAACUGCAAGUUUUGUAGCCAGAAAUGGUCCGGAGUUUGAGAACCGAAUUCGUCAGAAUGAAGUGAACAACACAAAGUUCAACUUUCUUACCUCAACAGAUGCCUACCAUGCAUACUACCAGCACAAGGUCAAGGAAUUUAAAGAGGGCAAAGGUCAGGAACCUCAGGCUCCAAAGCUUGGCAUACUGUCAUCUGCCAAAGCACAGCAGGAGCAGGUCAAGUUGACGGAGACUUUCGUUCCGAAAGAUCCACCUCCAGAGUCUGAGUUUGUCGCAGAUCCACCGUCAAUAUCAGCCUAUGACCUAGAUGUCGUCAAACUGACCGCUCAGUUCGUGGCUCGUAACGGCCGCCAGUUCCUCACGACAGUGAUGCAGAGAGAACAGAGAAACUUCCUGUUUGACUUUCUUCGUCCACAACACAGUCUCUUCAACUACUUCACAAAGCUGGUGGAACAGUACACUAAGAUCCUGAUCCCACCAAAGAACAUGAGGGAAAAGCUGAAGAGAGAAUCAGAGUCACACAGAGAGGUUCUCGAUGCCGUGAAGUACCGCGUUGAGUGGGCCAAGUACCAGGAUCGGGAAAAACGAAAAGAAGAAGAGAAAGUUGAAAAGGAGCGAGUGGCUUAUUCACAGAUUGACUGGCAUGACUUUGUUGUCGUGGAAACUGUUGAUUUUCAGCCAAAUGAAGGAGGAAAUCUUCCACCUCCAACAUCCCCAGAUGAGGUUGGUGCACGAGCGCUUCAGCAAGAAAGAUAUGAAAGAGGGGAGAUUGAAGCUGAAGUUGAGAUGGAAGUAGAGUCUGAUGACGAGGAAGAUGAAAAGGAGCCUCCACCUCCUAAACUGAAGGAGAAGGAGUCAGCUCCUCCUCCUCAAAAACUCAACCCUAACCCCCCAGCCCAGCCCCCUGUCCCUGAUAUGCAACUUCAAGAUAUGGAAGAGGAUUCCGAAGAUGACGAGGACAGUACAAAGGAAAAGCCAGCUAAGCCUGCUCCCCCUCCACCCCCACCCCCACCACCAACAGAGGCACCACCCCUGCCACCUACUCCAGAUCAAGUGAUUGUAAGAAAGGACUACAAUCCCAAAGCUCAUGCUCCAGGAGGGGAGUCCACUCCAGACCAGUUCAUGAUUUCGCCCAUCACCGGGGAAAAGAUUUCAGCGCAAAAAGUCCAGGAGCACAUGCGAAUUGGUUUGCUGAACCCGAAAUGGAUGGAGGAGCGUCAGCGCACGAUAGAGGAGAAGAAGGACCAGGAGGAAGUGUACGCAGCAGGGUCGGCUAUCGACAUCAACCUGAAGCAGCUCGCCGAGAGACGUACCGACAUCUUCGGUAUCGGCACCGAGGAGACGCAGAUCGGUAAAAAGAUUGGUGAAGAGGACAAGAAAGAACGCUCUAAGAUCGUGUGGGACGGUCACACGGCCUCCAUGGAGAAAGUCUCUCAGAGAGCCAGGGAGAACAUUUCUAUUGAGGAGCAGAUCGCUACCAUCCACAAAGUCAAGGGCUUAGUUCCUGAUGAAGAGAAGGAAAAAAUUGGUCCGACAAUGCCGAAACCAGGCGGCCCACCCCUUCCGAAAUCUGCACCUCCCUUACCGAACCAGUCUCCUCAGUCAACAGCAUCAUCAAUGCAGUCUGGCCCACAGAAACCUCCCCCUCCACCACACAACCAGCCAGUGCGGCCACCCAUGUCGAUGCCACCUCAAGGAGGGUUGAUGGUGAUGCACCCCAGACCACCACCAAUGAUGAUGGGACUGGGUUCUCAGAUGCGACCUCCAAUGGGAAUGGGACCUCCUGGGCCACCCCUCCCUCCAGGGCCGCCUGGUCCCCCCGGGUUUGGGCCACGCAUGGGCCACCCAAUGUCUAUGCCACCCAGGCCACCCCCACCACCACACGACGAUGAACCCCUAGCUAAGAAGACGAAGACCGAAGAAAAUCUCAUGCCAGAGGAAAUUUUCCUGAAGAGAAACAAGGGUCCAGUGCGGUUCAAGGUGAUGGUGCCCCAUGUCACCGACAAGCCAGAAUGGAAACUCAACGGACAGAAAUUGGACUUUACUUUACCACUCACAGACACGGUAUCUGUGAUCAAGGCUAAGCUCCACGAAUCCAUCGGAAUGCCGGCUGGAAAACAGAAACUGCAGUACGAGGGCCUUUUCAUCAAAGAUUCAAAUUCCUUGGCAUUCUACAAUUUUAUCAAUGGAUCAACUGUACACCUCCAGAUGAAGGAGAGAGGAGGAAGGAAGAAAUAAACACAGACUAUAAAACCACGACCGUUUUAGAAAAGCAAAUUCGACAAUUUUGACAAUUGUCUUUGAAUAGAGUGUAUUUUGUGCAUUCUGUUUUCAUUGUUUUUGUAACCAUGUUGUCGAAACCUUUUUGCUUCUUCAAUACUGCCAUCGUAUCUCUGGGGCAUAGCCAGAGAGGAAAAAACGCCAAGGCAAACCCCGACCUGUAAAAUAAAUAUCAGUUUUAUGGGAAAAAUAAAAUAAAUCUGGGGAAAUUCCAGAUGAGGCAAGCACCUCGUCUGCCUCAUGCUGGCUACGCCAUUGUAUCUACUAAAGAUGGAAUUGGGUGGAAUUUCAUCAUCAAUCAUCAGCUAUCAUCCAUAUACACCAUCUGAUCAUCGUCAAAUAACACGGUUGCAAUAUAUGAAGAGGAUUUGAAUUAUUAGCACUAUACACCUGUUGUCAUGUUUACCAGACAUUUGGCAAAUUUGACCGUAAUUGAUAUAUCUGGUUGUUAGUUUUUAAAUUACGCAUCAAAAUAAACUAAGAAUCCAGUGGAUUUCACACAUUUCAUAACUUAGACUGUAGGAAUAAUUAGUUUAAAAGUUUCCAUGACAGUAGUUUAUGAAUUGCAUAAUUGAUCAUCACCUCAUUAGAACUGAACUAAUAAAUUUUUUAUUGUAAUUUUAUUAAUUUGUCGGAACAUCACCAAUUUUAAAUCUCUGCAUGCUGUCAGCAGAAAAAUAAUAUCUUGCCAAUAAUGAACGCUAAGUCGGGGUUGGUCCAUCUAGUUUAUAACUGGUAAAACAUGGAAGACUUGUCUCUUUUUUCUUUUUUUGCAUUCGUCUUUCACUGUAAUGCAACUUGUUCAUCUAUUAAUGUGCACCAAUGGAUAAGGAAAUAAAAAGUCAAUUAGUUUGUAUAUAUGA